GUAUCUUUCGAGUCAUGUGAUGUUCCUGGCUCCUUACCUGAUGUUUACCUGGCAGCAGGGAAACCAGCAAAUGCGGAUAUAUUGGCUGCUUGUUAGUUGGUUCUUGGCCUGAGAAAGCUCUUUCAUUCAAAGAAAGAAGCAGCAAGACUGGAAUAUCAGCUUUUGAGGUCGAUCUUUUCUGCUUCCUUUUCAGACAUCAUGGUUUGGACAAAUGGCACAAGUCUCUAUGCCAGAUUUCUUAUGUGGUUUCUUCUGUAUAUGGUUGUCAGGAAGGUAAUGCCUGAAGAUAACAUCAUUACAACUAAAAAAGGCAGAGUCAGAGGGAUGAGCCUGCAGGUACUGGGGGGAACUGUGACAGCCUUUCUUGGAAUACCUUAUGGACAGCCACCCAUUGGCAAACUGAGAUUUCAAAAACCAGAGCCUCGUGAGAAGUGGUCAGACGUAUGGGAUGCCACAAAACAUGCAAACUCUUGUUACCAGCUUAUAGAUACAACUUAUCCAGGAUUUCCUGGAUCAGAGAUGUGGAAUCCAAAAACUAACCUAAGUGAAGACUGCUUAUACCUUAAUGUAUGGGUCCCUUCUCCCAAACCCAAGAAUGCAACUGUCAUGGUGUGGAUAUAUGGUGGUGGCUUUGAGACUGGGUCAAGUUCCCUACCAGUCUAUGAUGGCAGGUUUCUGGCCAGAGUAGAAAGAGUCAUUGUAGUUUCCAUGAACUACAGGACUGGUGCAUUAGGAUUUUUGGCUUUGCCAGGAAACAAGGAAGCUCCUGGAAAUGCAGGUUUAUUUGAUCAAAGAUUAGCACUUCAGUGGGUCCAGGAGAACAUAGCAGCAUUUGGAGGCAAUCCGAAAAGUGUGACUAUAUUUGGAGAGAGUGCUGGCUCAGCUUCUGUCAGCUACCAUAUCCUUUCUCCUAAAAGCCAUCCUUUAUUCACAAGAGCCAUCAUGCAAAGUGGAUCUGCAAAUGCCCCUUGGGCUGCAGUAACAGCAUCUGAAGCCAGAAACAGAACAGUAGCUUUAGCUAAACAACUCCAGUGUCCCACCAGCAAUGAGAAAGAGCUAAUUCUCUGCCUCAAAGACAAGGACCCAAAGGAUAUAGUGGAGAAUGAAAUUUUUGUUGUAGCAUAUCACUCUCUUUUGCAAAUCUUUUUUUGUCCAACUGUGGAUGGUGAUUUUCUCUCUGACAUGCCAGAAACAUUGAUUGAGAAUGGCCGUUUCAAACAAACACAGAUCUUAGUUGGUGUUAAUAAAGAUGAAGGAUCAGCAUUUCUAGUAUAUGGAGUCCCUGGCUUCAGCAAGGAUAGUGAUGGCUUGAUCAAUAAAACAGAAUUUGAAACAGCUUUAACUGUGUCCUUUCCAGAAGCAAGCCAACUUGCCAUAGAAUCUAUCAUUUUUCAGUACACAGAUUGGGAAAAUGAGCAAAAGCCAGAACAGUACCGUGAUGCCAUGGAUGACGUUAUUGGUGACUACAACAUAAUAUGUCCUGCAAUAGAAUUCACAAAAAAAUUUGCACACCUAGGACACAAUGCAUUCUUUUAUUUCUUUGAACAUCGAUCCUCAAAGCUCCCUUGGCCAGAGUGGAUGGGAGUAAUGCACGGUUAUGAGAUCGAGUUUGUGUUCGGAUUGCCCCUAGAAAGAAGAGUGAAUUACACCAAAGCUGAAGAAAUCUUAAGUCGGUCCAUGUUGAGAUACUGGGCGACUUUUGCAAAAACUGGAACUCCAAAUGGGACCCUGAUAAAUGGAACAAGGUGGCCAGUCUUCACUAGUACUGAACAAAAAUAUUUGACAUUAAAUACUGACACUUCAGAGAUACUGACAAAAUUACAUGCUCAGCAGUGUCGAUUCUGGAAUAAUUUUUUUCCAAAAGUCCUGGAAAUGACAGGAAAUAUUGAUGAAGCAGAACGAGAGUGGAAAGCAGGAUUCCAUCGCUGGAACAAUUACAUGUCAGACUGGAAAAAUCAAUUUAAUGAUUACACUAGCAAGAAGGAGAGAUGUUCAGGCUCUAAUUAAUAUGUUUACCCUUGCCAGUAUGUCCAUAUUACUGUUCAUCAGGGAAAUAUACAAGUAGCUUUCUAACACAUCUAGCAUUAAGUAUGUUAUGCACAUUAAGAAAGUGUUAUGAACAUAAUUUUGAUUCCCCAGAUAUUUCAUUUCUAUUUUACCUCAUAUCUCAAUAAAAAAUAUAAGGCAUCCACACAUCACUGGGUUAAACGGGAUCAUAGAGAUUAAAGUCUGAAGAUUAAUGAUUUACAUAUUAUAAACACUAGCUGCUUAAAUUCACAUUUCAAAUAAACAAUGGAAUCUGUUAUUGAAAAAUCA